AUGAGCAGUAAACUUUGCAAGAGUUCAAAUCUGGGCUCUGACCCUUGCUGUGGGGUCACCAGGAAGGCACCUGUCCUCUUGGAACCCGUUUCUUCUUCAAAUAUGAAACUGAAAUCCUGGCAUCUCUCCUUUGGGAGGCUGUCCACGGGCCUCAUAGGAACGCACCAAAACCAGGACAUCGCAAGCACAGGCGCACAGACCCAGACCCCGGCCCCGGCCCGGCUGCAGGGCCGGGCUCCCCACAUUGACAAGGACACCGGAGCUGCCCCGAGACGCCGAGAGGGCUGCGAAGAGCUGCCUUUGUACUCAGAGCCAGACGCGGCCUACGGGACGGGACCGCCACGUCUGGGGCUUGCGAGCUGCAGGGCGGCGAGACACGCGCUGGAGUGCAAUGGCACGAUAUCAGCUCACUGCAGCCUCCACCUCCUGGGCUCAAGCAAUACUCCCACCUCAGCCCCCCGAGUAGCUGAGACCACAGGAAUGGAUAAAGCACAGAGAGGAACCAGGAAUGUGCUCAGAAAAAAAUCCUUCCUCACUGAAACCAGGACUAGGGAAAGGAGAUUCCCCUCUACCAUCCAUGGACUCAGGCUGAUGGAGCAUACUGCCUCUCUGUGUCUCUCCCUUUCUCUCUCUGGAACGUUGUCAGAUGUCACGGCGGAGGGAAAAGAGACCUGGAAUGACUUGCCGAGCUUUUUAGCCCAUAACCAGGCACUGUGUAAACCACUUCACCUCAUUCAGUCUUUGCAAUUAUACCACAAGGUCACACUGUUCAGAAGGAGAAAGAAGAGCUCGCUGUGAAAAACGCUCCGCAAAGCUGCAGAGCCCUGUGAAGGUGAAAGAGUACUAUCAUCAGCAAAUGGCAUUCCUUCCGUGGAAAAUGUCACUGGGAGGAAAGCAGGUGACUUUGGAUUUCUUUUUUCUUCUUUUCUAUCCUUGUAAAGGAUUUCCUUCUUCUCUAUCUUUUGAUAACCCGUGAAAGCCUUAGGUUAAUAUUAUCUACCAAGGACUCCUACAGUUCAAACAAGAACUGGGUGAAGGUAGCGGAGAUCGAGCCAGCCCAGAACCAACUGCCUCAACUGAAGAAACUGAUCAGAAUAGCCCUUUGAAGCUGUAAUUCACUUCAGACAUGAUUUUGAAGAAGAAGAAAAAACAAAAAACAAAAAACAGUAACGUCUGUGGGUAUCAGAACUCCAGCCAAUUCAACUGAGAGCUGGGAAGAGGGAAGAGAAAGUGCUGCAAGUUUUCAACAGAGUGACCACAGAGUCCUACAGUAUGAGCUCUCGUGGUGAUGUAGCAGGCAGGCUUCUAUUGUUUUAAAGAUGGGGAAUCAUGAAAAAGAGAGAGAGAGAGAAGGGAAAGAUGGGAAAAAAUUUGAAUCUUAAAAAUAUAAAAGCAGGCCAGGUGCAGUAGCUCACACCUGUAAUCCUAGCACUUUGGGGCGCCGUAGCGGGCGGAUCGCCUGAGGUCAGGAGUUCGAGACCAGCCUGGCCUACAUGGUGAAACCCCAUGUCUACUAAAAAUAUAAAAAUUAGCCAGGCAUGGUGGUGGGUGCCUGUAAAUCCAGCUACUUGGGAAUCUGAGGCAGGAGAAUCGCUUGAACCCAGGAGGCGGAGGUUGAAGUGAGCUGAGAUUAUGCCACUGCACUCCAGCCUGGGUGACAGAGCGAGACUCUGUCUCAAAUAUAUAUAUGUAUAUAAAAGCAUUUGCAGCUGUUCCAGAUUAAUAUGGGAGGAAGUGAUGGGAAAGACCAGAAGAUUUGAUAAUCCCAAAUCUAACUUGUUAUAAUGUGGUACAACGUAGACUGGUUUUCCUUGAGGUCAGGAACUGGACCUGCUUCAUGACUGUCCAGUGCUGAGCACAGGGUGUGGCAUCUGGUGGGAUCUUAGGAAACAUUUAUGUGAUGAGGAAAUCUAGGGAGAUUGAAGAAGAUUGAAAAUCUUUUUGACACCUUAGGGCCCUCACUAUGAUUGCAAAAAUUAUUAGUCUGUAUAGAUUAAAGCCAGGCUUCUGAUUUAUUUGGUGGGGCUGGUUAGUCAGUUAUCCCUUUUUCACUGCCUCAGGCACUCUUGGCAGUUACAUAAGUAAAAAGCCAUGUGUGUAUGCAUGAUAGGGAUGAACGUAUCAGUUAAGGGGCAGACUCCAAUUUUGCAACCUCUUUAAAAAAUAUAUUUUAUUGUGGUUAGAACAUGUAACAUGAUAACUACCCAUUUAACAAAUUUUCAAGUGUACAAUAUGGUAUCAUCGACUAUAGAUGUAAUAUUGUACAGCAGAUCUAUGGAGCUUAUUCAAUCUUGCUAUCCUGAGCCAAGAAAAUAAAAAGUAUUUGUGUUUGUGAAA